UUAUAGAAACCAGAAAGAAUAGUUAGGAAAUCGAAAUAUCCAAUUCCCUUGAACAAAUCCCCCACGAUGCUGAUCGAACACACAAAAAAAUAAAUAUAAGAAUUAAUCAAUUGAUCGAUUGAAACCCUAAAUCACGUCAAUCAAUUGAUCGAUUAUUUUUCCAUUCCCCCAAUUUUGAUUAUGGAUCAAGCAGAAUCAGAGACAGAGUGGGGUGAUCAUAAACUAUGCGGUUACCUAUGUAUGGUUCUUUCGAUUCCCCCUUCUAAUAACGGCGUUACCACGUUGAAUCUCAAUAAUGAUACUCGGCGUUGUCAUCUAUUUAAAGACGGAACCAAUGUCGGUUUUCGUUCCUCAAACGGCGUGGUUUUCUCAUUCAUACACGAUCAUCAUAAUCAUAAUUCAACUUCUUCUUCUUCUGAUUUUGUAAAUGUGAAUAAUAAUAAUAAUAAUAAUGAUAAUGUUGGGAAUAAAAAGAAGAAUAAAAGGAAGAAGGAAUCACUAUCGAGUAAUGGGAAUAAGAAGAAAAAGAAAGGGGGGUUAGUUCAGAAUAAUGGAGCUAGUGUAGCAAGUGUUUUGUAUCAGCUUCAAAAUCACAAGUGUUUGAAGAUUUCUUCUAAGGUUGUUUCGAUACACGAAAGGCGACAGGAAUCACCAAGGGUACUGGUAUUGGUUGAUGUUUAUUUGCCAAUCGGAGUCUGGUCUUAUGGCUGGCAGUUUCCCAAAUCACGUUGUUCGGCCGCUGUCGCCCUGUUUCCACAUUUAAGUUGUGACUGGAAAGUCAGGGAGUCGAUGCUGAAUUUUGCCAAUCCUGGUCUUCCUGAGAUUGACAACCGCAUUUGGAAUAUUUCAGAUUGCCAUGUUCUUGGCUGCAACCAGCACUGUAAUGCACCUGAUUCUACACGAAAGAAACGGUUUGAACUCCACGAAAUUUUUAGCAGUUUACCUAGUGUCUCAAUGCUUGGAGAUCCUAUCCAUUCCAAAAUAAAUCCAGCAGAUAAUGCGAAUGCAUCUGGUUUUUGGAUGUUGCCAGAUGACGUAAUGCUCAAUAUAAUAACACCACUUGCCCCGCAAGAACUUCGUAGUGUUUCCUUAACUUGUCGGCAUCUGAGAUUAUUAGCAGCAACAAUAAUGCCAUCUAUGAUGCUUAAGCUUUAUCCUCACCAACAGUCAGCAGUGGAGUGGAUGUUAAAACGAGAACGUGAUCCACAAGUUUUUCCAAAUCCUAUGUACAUGAAAUUCGAAACAGAAGAUGGGUUUGCUUUUAAUAUCAAUACCGUUUCCGGGGAACUCGUAGUAGGCACAGUCCCUAUGAUCAAAGACUUUCGUGGGGGUAUGUUUUGUGAUGAGCCUGGCUUGGGUAAGACAAUUACCUCUUUGUCCCUGAUUUUGAAAACACUAGGAACUCUUGCUGACCCUCCAGAAGGGGUGGAAGUAAUCUGGUGUAAACAAAAAGAUGACCAAAAAUGUGGCUAUUAUGAGCUUGGUGGUGAUCGGAUUAACUGUGGUAGUGUGCUGACCAGUAAAAAAGUUGCAGGUCGUAGUAGUCGAAGGAGCCUUUCAUGUGUGGAGGACUCAAAGUUGAGUUCUGAAAAGACCAUUACUCCAGUCACUAUAAAAUCAGCAACAGAAUCUACUCUUCAGAGCACCCGAAGCUGGACCAUUGUUAAGAGAAAUCUUCGGAACGAAUAUGGACGAAAGACCCCGGGAAAGAGAAAACUAUUUGCAAGUGACGAUGAAGGUGAUCCACUAUAUGUACCAUCAGGAAACCUGAAAAAGAGAACUAAAAAGGCCAGUGGAAAGUAUUUUGAACUUAAUGAAACUUGGGUCCAGUGUGAUGCUUGUCGAAAGUGGCGGAAGCUGGUGGAUUCACAAGAUACUGAUUCUUCAGCUGCAUGGUUUUGUAGUAUGAAUAGUGAUUUGUCUCAUCAGAGUUGCAAGGUACCCGAAGAGUCAUGGGAUGAUUGUGAGUCAGUUACAUACUUGCCCGGGUUUUACACAAAAGGAACUAUGGAAGGCAAGGAGGAAAACAUUUCGUUUUUUAUUAGUGUCCUUAAAGAGCACCAUGAACUAAUAAAUUUUGACACUAAAAAGGCGUUAACCUGGUUGGUAAAACAAACACCUGAUAAACUUUCAAAAAUGGAGACAACUGGAUUAGUCCACCCAUUAUCUGGAACUCGAGUAGUAGCCACAGGGGAAGUACGCAAGUUUCAUACGAUCUUCAAAGCUUUUGGUUUAGUCAAGAGGGUAGAACAUGGAACGAUGAGGUGGCAUUACCCUAGAAAGUUAGUCAAUUUGGCUUUUGAUUUAGCUGCGCUAAAGAUUGCUCUCUGUGAGCCUCUUGAUUCGGCCAGGUUCUACUUAUCGCGGGCGACUCUAAUUGUUGUUCCUGCUAACCUAGUUGACCACUGGAAGAAUCAAAUCCAAAAGCACGUAAAAACGGAUCAGUUACGUGUGUAUAUAUGGGCUGACCAUAGGAAACCAUCUGUACAUAAUAUUGCAUGGGACUAUGAUGUUGUUAUCACUACUUUUAGUCGUUUAAGUGCCGAGUGGAGCCCAAAAAAGAGAAGUAUAUUGAUGCAAGUUCAUUGGCUAAGAGUCAUGUUUGAUGAAGGGCACACCCUUGGCUCGAGUUUGAAUAUGACCAACAAGUUACAGUUAUCAGUUUCAUUGACCGCUUCUAACCGUUGGUUGUUGACUGGAACGCCGACUCCUAAUACACCAAAUAGUCAACUUACGAAUCUUCAUCCAAUGCUUAGGUUUCUCCGUGAAGAAGCAUAUGGAUUGGAUCAGAAGUCAUGGGAUUGGGGCAUUCUUAGGCCAUUUGAGGCAAAAAUGGAAGAGGGCCGGGCCCGAUUGUUACAGUUACUUGGUAGAUGCAUGAUUAGUGCUAGAAAAAAAGAUUUGCAUAUGAUACCUCCCUGUAUUAAGAGGGUGACUUUUUUAGAUUUUAAUGAAGAACAUGCAAAGAGUUAUAACGAAUUAGUGGUUACUGUACGCCGUAAUAUACUAAUGGCUGACUGGAAUGAUCCUUCGCAUGUUGAGAGUCUGCUGAAUCCAAAGCAAUGGAAGUUUAGAAGUACUACCAUCAGAAAUGUGAGGCUCUCUUGCUGUGUGGCUGGACAUAUAAAAGUAACAGAUGCCGGACAAGAUAUUCAGGAAACCAUGGAUAUCUUGGUCGAAAAUGGUUUGGAUCCCCUCUCAGAAGAAUAUUCGUUUAUAAGAUAUAACAUUUUAUUUGGUGGCAACUGUAUGAGAUGUGAAGAGUGGUGUCGCCUUCCUGUGAUAACACCGUGUAGGCAUCUUUUAUGCCUCGCUUGUGUUGCCUUGAACAGUGAAAAGUGUACAUUUCCUGGUUGUGACAACUUAUAUGAGAUGCAAAGUCCCGAAACAUUGUCCCGUCCUGAAAAUCCCAAUCCAAAAUGGCCUGUUCCUAAGGAUUUGAUUGAAUUACAGCCCUCAUAUAAACAGGAUGAUUGGGAUCCUGAUUGGCAGUCAACUUCUAGCAGUAAAGUUUCAUAUCUUGUGAAGAAGUUGAAAGAAUUGCAGGAAGCGAAUCAAAAGUUGAUGGACAACUGCAUGAAUGAGGGUCAUGAUGUAAAAACGAUUGAUGACAUUCUUUUUGGGAGAAGCAUGACUUACGCUAAACCUGUCAAUCGAUCUCCUGAGAAAGUGCUAAUAUUUUCUCAGUUUCUUGAGCAUAUACACGUCAUUGCACAGCAGUUAAUGGUUGCUGGCAUCAAAUUCGUUGGAAUGUACAGUCCAAUGCAUUCUGGUAUCAAGGUGAAAUCACUAGCUACUUUCCAGCAUGAUGAGGAGUGUAUGGCUCUUCUGAUGGAUGGAAGUGCGGCACUAGGUCUUGAUUUGAGUUUUGUCACACAUGUCUUUCUUAUGGAGCCGAUAUGGGAUAAAAGCAUGGAAGAGCAGGUGAUAAGUCGUGCUCAUAGGAUGGGUGCUACACGUCCUAUUCAUGUAGAAACAUUGGCUAUGCAUGGUACCAUUGAAGAGCAGAUGAUGAAGUUCUUGCAGGAUACUGAGGAGUCUAGAGAGUUAUUAAAGGAAGAGUGUGUGCAUGAAGGUGCUAGAGCUCGACGUACAUUGCAUGAUUUUGCGGAAAGUAAUUAUUUGGCUCAACUGAGUUUUGUGCGAACAAUCUCAAAUGUCGAAGGAACAUGAACUGUAUAUUCCCCUAUGAAAUUCUCUAGUGCACCACAAUUUGCUUUCCAAGAUUGGUUAAUGCUUUUGAUAGAUGCUUUCAGUUUCUUUUUGCGGAAUUUAAGUUAUACUGACAUGUAUGUUUGUUGGUUUUGUUUACACAAACCUAUUGGAUCUUCUGUUUCAUGUAUCAAUUAGGAGAUCGAAAUUAGAAUUAGCCUAAUAGCAUCAAUUAGAAUUAGCGUCUGUAAAUUCUAUUUUUCUUUAGCCUUAAUAUAGUUGUCCCUGUCUCAAA